AUGCUGUUGCUCUUGUACAAGAUGUUUCUGGUGGCAAUUUCCACGCCGGCAUUCAACAACGGCCCUCUAGAGCAAGACUUUGACAUGCUGGCCCGGCUGUUAAGCCCAAUGCUGGCACCGCUCGCCAAAGCUCCACAGGCCUGCCAUCACUCAUUCAUGCCGGAUGGUCCAGCUGCGGAUAACACGAACCUGCCUCUGAGUGGAAGAGCGUCUCCCACGACGGUUUCGCCUUUACCUGAAGGCGACAAGCCGUCCAGCGCGAGGGUUGCAUCAACAACCCCACGGGAUUUCCUUGCGUCGAGAACACGUAGCGUAGGAAUUAGAAUAAGUUUAUCUGGUCGCGAUGCACUCACCAACACCGAGACCACGUCUUCGCCGCCCCAAGCUCCUCUCUUUGACGGAAGAGAAAGCCAGCAGGACGACAGGCCAGCAGCGGCCAAGCAGGACACCAGCGUGUUGAUUGCCGGCAUCGUGGCUGCCUCGGCUUCAUGUACACUCCUCCUCGGCGCCUUGAUCCGGUGGUUGCAGUCGAGGAAGACUGGAUACUGUCUCCGCCACAACCGGCUGGAAAUGGGAACAAGAGCAGACGUGCUGGGCCCGACGGCAUGCCAUCAAGUCGCAUGGCCGCAGCAGCAGAGGUUCCCGAACCACCAGAGCCAAGGGGUCCUGCCGCCCUUGGACAUGGCGACGCCGGCAACGUACCAGAGCACCAUGGUCUCGCCGGUCGAACAACGAAACGAGCCGCCAUCUCAGCCGAGCCAGCUUUCGCCGAUAGGCACAAUAGAUCUUCAGCUGCAGCCGCCAGCUGCCACGUAUCAGAUGAAGCCUCCCGUCGAACUACCAGCCGCGCUGGAGGAGACGUGCCGCAUGCCGCUGCCACCCUACGAAUCUUGGACAGAAGGUGCGACUUUGCCUCGGAGAUUCUCAUGGGAUAGUGACGCGGAAGCCUCGUACCGGCCGUCGUCGCCGGUCAAGCGGCAGCGGACUUGGGGCAGUCAUUGUUCAGGAAAGACGGCGGCGCGGCACAGCAAAACUUGA